AUGUAUUUCUUUCUGAAGGAAACAAGUGCAUCUUACAGUAUUUUGAGGAAAAUCAGUCCCUUGGAAGCAGAGCUGCUAAGAGAUCCUGGCAUGCAGUGUAAAGUUAGAUUCAGAUUUGCUGGGCAGGAGUUUCCACCUUUUAUUGUCUUUAAGAUCUUCCACCGCUCAGGUGCCUUUGGGAACCGAUACAUAUGUGGCAAGCGAAUUCUUCAUCCAUCCAGUGAGGCUGCAGCUGACGCCUGCAAGUUGAUGGGCCCCAGAGCAUAUUAUGAUCAAAUGAUUUACGAUGAACUGGAGUACCAGAAACAUAAAAUCACAGAUAUGGUGGACGUGGCUACUGUUAAAGACUAUGUUAAAUACAAAAGUCACCUUGACGAGACUCCAGCAUAUCUCGGAGGCCGUGAUAACUGCUGGAGAAGACCGUCGCUGAAAAAUAUGCCCAGGACGACAAUUAUGUAUGAUAUAGUGGAAUACGCAGAGUCUGGGGCCCUGUCAGAGAGACUGAAAGGAGAACUGAAAUUACUUUUGCAGGUGCCUGGUACUGAAGAUCUGCAAAUGCGGCAGCUUAGCGCUAUCACACAGUCCAGAUCUCCUGUCCCACCACCAUCACCAGUGUCUUCUUCCAACAAAACACCCCAGCGUCCAUCAUUUCUGUGGCACUCAGCACGACGUUCUCACAAGGCUCGGCUGAAGGCAGUAAAAAUGAAGAGACUAUACAGCAUUAGAAAUGAAACCAAUGAAACCAUGGACGACACUACAGAAGAGAACAGGCACCAGUUCUCAGAAAGAGUUGAUGCUGGGGAUGAAGUGCAUAUUUCAGACGAAGACUGGGAUGAAGAGGCAGAGAAACUUUAUAGAUGGAGCCAAGGACUGUCUCUGGACGAGAGUGUAAUGCCAUCACCUUUACUCCAUUAACUUUAUUUUAACUGCACAACAAGCUACUUAGUUUGAUUUCCUGGAGAACAGAUUGCUUCCCACUGGCAACAGUAUGAGAUGCAGAAAUAUUAUUUGCCCGUUGACAUCAAUGGUUGUUUAGGGGUCAGAGUUGUUUAAAGCGAUAGAAGAGUUGUUUAAAGAUAGACUAGAAGAAUAAAUGCUGUAUUUAUA